CCAAAGCAAAAGGCGAAAGGGAGCGGGCCAGAGUGAAGGGCAAGGAAGAGUUGUCCCAGCCUGUCAGCUUCUUUGUACUGGCUGAUUAAAUUACACUUACAAAGCACAGACCCGUGCACAUAGUAAGCGCUUAAUAAAUGCUUCGUUCAUUCUUUUAGCCUUUUUAUGGAAAUUCCCCGCUGUGGUCUCCGUUAAGUUGGGCGAAGCAAACAUUCCAGGAGGGUGAUCCUGCAAGAGCUGGAGCAAGAAAUAAGGGAUCUGCAGAGGAGCCACCUCCACUAGCAAGUUCAAGCUCAGGAAAAAGUCACGUCCCCAGUCCGCCACUGCUUAGACAAAGUGGAGCAGCAGGGCAGAAUGCGGCCACAGGUCAAGGAAACCUACCAACCCUGGGGCUCUGAAGCUCCGCCCCCAAACUCUCUGCUGCCUCUUGAAUUUUCUGCUCCCUUCCUGAACCAGAUAGCUCAAACUUCAGAUUGUGGGUAUUAGGAGGAAAAUUGUCCUGUGAUUAAGUCAGCCUGAGUUAGAAAUAAAAAAGAAAACUCUCCAGGAAUUAAGUAAAUGUUAUUCUGAGUUAGGUAAAUGUUAUCCUUCCAUCUGUGGACCAAAGGUCCGUUUUAUGCAGCAAAUAAAUCAUUAACAUUUUGAUUAUAUAACCAGCGACUUAAUACCUCCUCACCCCGCAGUUCUGAGAGUUUUUUAAGAAACAGAAUGUUAAGGAAGAUGCAGCUCCCUGUUUUUGUAGUAGAUGCUUUCACCGGGGAAGCAUUCCGGGGGAACCCUGCUGCUGUUUGUCUCCUAGAAAAUGAAUUGGAUGAAGAAAUGCAUCAAAAAAUCGCAAGAGAAAUGAACCUUUCUGAAACAGCUUUUAUUCGGAAACUGCAUCCAACAGACAGCUUUACCCAAAGUUCCCGCUUUGGGCUAAGGUGGUUCACGCCUGCUACGGAGGUCCCUCUCUGUGGGCAUGCUACAUUGGCUUCCUCAGCUGUGUUAUUUCACAAAAUAAAAAAUGUGAAUCAAACUGUAACUUUUGUUACUCUGAGUGGGGAACUGAAGGCCAGACAAGCAAAAGAUGGAAUCAUCAUGGAUCUGCCUCUUUAUCCCACCCAUCCCAAGGAUGUUAAGGAAAUCCAGGACUUAAUCAAGCUGGGGCUAGGCAAGGUGCUGGUUCAGGACGUCCGUUAUUCUCCAGACACCAAGAAGCUCCUUGUUCGGCUGGAUGAUUCUUAUGGAAGGUCCUUCCUAGAGAACCUGGAAGUGAACACAGGAAAUCUGAUACAGGCUGAAAACACAGGCAAAGUGAGGGGACUCAUACUCACCCUCAAAGGAGAGGGAGGUGGAAAGAGCCAAGGCUAUGACUUCUACUCCAGAUACUUUGCCCCCUGGGUUGGUGUGGCAGAAGACCCUGUCACAGGAUCUGCCCAUGCUGUUCUCAGUAGCUACUGGUCCCAGCAGCUGGGGAAGAAGGAAAUGUGGGCUUUUCAAUGUUCUCGCCGUGGGGGAGAAAUGAAGAUUUCAUUGCAAGAUGGUGGGAGAAUUGACAUUACUGGUCAAACAGCUUUGGUUUUGGAAGGGAAUCUGACCAUCUGAAAGUCACCAAGCCAAGAUUUCCAUGACUUCUGAUGAUUAUUCUGGUGAAGUUACUAAAUGCAGAUUAAAUACAGAAUUAAAAAGAACAUGGUUGAUGGUCCUCUUAUGCAAUGAUUAUAUUUUAAAAUUAUAGAAUAAAAGAUUUUAUGUAAAUUGAAGAAUUUUGUAUGGAAAGUGUGAGUGUCAGAAAGGGUUGCCAUCUCCAGUGUGAUAACUUGAAAUGAAUGUAGUAUCUGAACUUCAGUUAAAGGUGAGUUUCAUGCAAAUUAGAUUGUAAGCUCUAUGAGGGCAGCAACAGCUUUUGCUUCUCUUUGUAUCUCUAGUACUGUGCCUGGCACAUAGUAGGCAUUUAAUAAAUGUUAUUGAUUGAGUAAAA